UGGGAGGAGGUGACCGUGCGCAUGGCCGCGGCGGGGUACGGCGGCCGGAGCGUGACGCGGUGCAAGGAUAUGUGGGAGAACAUCAACAAGUACUUCUGCAAGGCCAAGGAGAGCGGCAAGAAGCGCCCUGCGCACGCCAAGACCUGCCCCUACUUCGUCAAGCUCGAUCACCUCUACUUCCACCCCGGCCGUGGCUCCGGCGCCGGUGCCGCCUCCUCCUCUGCCGCCGGCAACACCAACAGCAAAACAAAUGCCAAUGGCAAUGCCAUAGCGAGCGCCGACGACACGGGCAACAAGGCAAGCGUGGAGCUACUGGACGUGGUGGUCAAGUACGACACCGACACGCACUACGGCGCCCCGCCGGGGUUCCCGACCGACGGCGUCCGCACCAAAGACGACGGCGAGGCCGUCGACAUGGGCAGGGCGUCGGGUAGAGCAGGCAACGACCAUGAGGACGAGGUGGCCCGGAGCCACGGGCAAAACGACGACCACGAUCAUUAG